AUGAAUGAAACAACCCACUAUCAAAGACUUACCUUCUUACCAGACUCUGGCUUCGUGACAAAUGUUCACCCGUCCUAUCAAUUGCAGGGCUUUAGACUUUAUCUUUCACGAGACGAAAAUUUUACAGACAGCAACAUAGUAUACACAAAUACCGCACAGGAUUAUAACCAUGGUCAUAUUACGGUAACAACGAACUUAGAGGGUUUAUUUCGGUUUAUUAAGCUUGACGUGCCUGGAACAUACAGGGCCAAAAGGAAUGAUGGCUCUAUUCUUACUGGACCUAUUGUUUUAUGUGAGGUUGAGAUUCUUGUUCAAAUGUCAAACAUCGCGACUGAUAAACACGCAACAAUGUCAACACACUAUGGUGAUAUGACUGCUGAUAAAUGUAUAGAUGGUAAUCCACGUCGUGAUGCAAAUUAUUGUCAUUGCUGCAGCCAUUCUACUGACGAGAUAAACCCAUGGAUAACUGUUGAUCUCCUACAAGUACAUGAGAUAUUUCAAAUCCAUGUUGCUGGUAGAAAUGAUGAUUAUAGAAACAACAGACAUGUAACUGGGUUGGAAAUAUUUGCAAAUGGUACUAACAACCCUGUGCUCGGUAAAUUUACAUCAGAGAAUGCCAGUGAUGUAAUAGUGACGUUACCACAAGGAAUACUCGGUCGGUAUAUAACACUUAGACGACCAAAACCACAGAACGUUGACGAAUGGUAUCUUGUUGUUUGUGAAGUGGAAAUAUAUACCAGAU